UAGAUUAAGUUGUACACAAAGCAUGGUACUCUCAAAUACCAGACGGACUGCGCUCCGAUCAACGGGUAUUUCAUGAUCCCCCUCUACGAUAAGGGGGAUUUCAUUCUUAAAAUUGAGCCUCCCCUAGGGUGGAGUUUCGAACCAACCAGUGUAGACAUCCAUGUGGAUGGCAUUAAUGACAUUUGCACAAAGGGAGGUGAUAUUAACUUUGUGUUCACGGGGUUUUCUGUGAACGGAAAGGUUCUCAGCAAAGGUCAGACAUUAGGUCCUGCUGGAGUCCAGGUUGUACUGAGAAAUGCUGGCAGUGACAUAAACUUACAAGCAACUGUUACACAACCUGGAGGAAAGUUUGCUUUCUUUAAAGUGCUUCCUGGAGAGUAUGAAAUCUUUGCAUCUCAUCCUACCUGGAUGCUGAAAGAGUCAAACACAGUGGUACGGGUGACGAGUUCUAAUGCUUAUGCUGCUAGCCCUCUGAUUGUUGCUGGCUACAACGUUUCUGGGUCAGUAAGGAGUGAUGGAGAACCAAUGAAAGGAGUCAUGUUUCUCCUUUUCUCUUCUUCAGUCGCUAAAGAGGAUGUUGUGGGCUGCAAUACUUCUCCUGUGGAUGGAUUCCAGUCAAGGGAUAAAUCUCUGUCCUAUUUGUGCAAUGUUGUGUCAAAAGAAGAUGGAUCUUUCAGCUUUCUCUCUCUGCCAAGCGGGAAAUACACUGUGAUACCAUUCUACAGGGGAGAGCGAAUUACCUUUGAUGUUGCUCCUUCGAGACUGGACUUCCUGGUAGAGCAUGACAGUUUACAAAUUGAGCCUGUUUUCCAUGUGAUGGGUUUCUCUGUCACAGGCAGGGUGUUGAAUGGUCCUGAAGGAGAAGGAGUUGCUGAUGCCACUGUGACGCUGAACAAUCAGAUUAAAGUGAAAACAAAAGCUGAUGGCUCUUUCCGCCUUGAGAACAUAACAACAGGCACAUACACAAUUCACGCCAGGAAAGAGCAUCUCUUCUUUGAUACCCUUACAGUGAAGAUUGCACCAAAUACACCUCAGCUAGCAAACAUCAUUGCAACAGGAUUCAGCGUGUGUGGCCGGAUCUCAGUAACUCAUUUCCCUGACACAGUCAAACAGAUUAGUAAAUACAAGGUGAACAUGAUACCUCAAGACAAGGACAAAGCAUCGCUGGUUACAACAGAAACUGACCCUCAUGGAGCAUUUUGUUUUAAGGCAAAAUCGGGUACAUACAAUGUUCAGGUAAUUAUUCCAGAGGCUGAGACCAGAGCAGGAUUGGCUUUGAAACCUAAAACGUUCCCUGUAACUGUUACAGACAGACCAGUAAUGGAUGUGACCUUCUCUCAGUUUUUGGCGUCAGUCUCAGGGAAGAUCUCUUGUUUAGAUGCUUGUGGUGAUCUGAUGGUGACAUUGCAUUCUGUGAGCCGCCAGGGUGAAAAACGCAACCUGCAGCUGUCUGGAAACAUGGAUUCAGUGGCCUUCACAUUUGAAAAUGUGCUACCUGGCAAAUACAAAGUAAGCAUUGUACAUGAAGACUGGUGCUGGAAGAAUAAGUCUUUGGAGUUGGAAGUCAUGGAGGAAGAUGUUUCAGGAGUAGAAUUCAGGCAGACUGGAUAUAUGCUGAGGUGUUCUCUUUCUCAUGCAAUUACACUGGAAUUUUAUCAGGAUGGAAAUGGACCAGAGAAUGUUGGUGUUUAUAACUUGUCCAAAGGAAUUAAUAGAUUCUGUCUUUCAAAGCCAGGUGUAUAUGAAGUGACCCCACGUUCCUGCCACCAGUUUGAACAUGAGUAUUACACUUACGACACGUCCUCUCCUAGUAUUCUGACGCUCACUGCAGUUCGACACCAUGUCCUUGGCACGAUUGUUACAGAUAAACUGAUGGAUGUGACUAUUACCAUUAA